AUGAAUCCCUGUAGCAACCCCUUGAUCAUCAGGUACCAGCACAUAGGCCUGGACUGGUUGGUCACCUUGCAUGAUCAACGUCUCAAUGGUAUACUAGCUGAUGAGAUGGGACUAGGGAAGACGAUACAAACUAUCGCUAUGCUAGCACAUCUGGCAUGUGCUGAGAAUAUAUGGGGGCCUCAUCUGAUAGUCGUACCAACCUCCGUUCUCCUCAACUGGGAGCUUGAAUUCAAGAAAUGGCUACCCGGUUUUAAAGUUCUAACAUAUUAUGGAAGCCAAAAAGUGAGGAAGUGGAAGAGGAUUGGCUGGUCUAAAGCCAACAGUUUCAACGUAUGUAUAGUUAGCUACAACCUCGUCCUGAAAGAUGCUCAAGCCUUCAAGAGGAUGAGAUGGUAUUAUAUGAUACUGGAUGAGGCACAGCAUAUAAAGGACUUUCGAUCCCAACGAUGGCAGACCUUACUCACCUUUAAUUCCCAGAGGAGGCUUUUACUCACUGGUACUCCACUACAGAACAGUCUCAUAGAGAUGUGGUCCCUGUUGCAUUUUCUUAUGCCUGAUGUUUUCGCUAGCCAUUCGCAGUUUCAGGAAUGGUUCGCUGAUCCGCUUACGGAUGCCAUUGAAAAGGAUAACUCAGCCGAGGGGCAAAGGGAACUGUUACAUCGGCUCCACAAGGUUAUCAGACCCUUUAUACUCCGGAGACUCAAACGACAAGUUGAAAAACAAAUGCCAAAAAAGUACGAGCAUGUUGUAAAGGUGGAGCUAUCUCGGAGGCAACAAGGGCUGUAUGAGGAGUUCAUGAAUCAGCGUGAUAUAGGACAUGAUGUGGAAAACCUUGAUUGUAAGGGCAUCAUGAAUGUAUUGAUGCAAUUACGGAAAGUCUGUAAUCAUCCAGAUCUAUUCGAGACACGUCCCGUACGCUCACCAUUGGCCAUGCUCCCUUUGACGCUGGAGCUACCCGCAACAUUACUGUUGUGGACUAAUACGCCUUAUAAUAAGGAUUACUCCCAAUAUACCACCUAUGGCUCUCUGUGUUUACCCCUUCUAGAGGUGCGGGGAGACUCUCGUCGUAGGGCGGUCUGGUCUGCUAUGCUUGCUGUAAAGGGUACUCAACUGGGUGAUGGUAAAGGGCAAGGGAAGCAGUAUCGGUGCUUCUUGGACUACGCUAGGGACAAGUUGGAGAUGACUCCUAUAGGACAGACGAGGAGAUGGUUGGAAGACGCCUACAUACUCGAAGAGCGGCUGAAGCAUGAGGGACGGCACCGAGCAGAUGUGGUAUAUGAUGCUGCCACCGCCUUCGUUGUGAACCCGAUGUAUGGCAUUGACUGUAUACGUACAUGUUAUAUCCAACCCAUGUAUUGUAAUGAAGAUGAGCUGACGAGAGCAUUGAAAGCAAUGUGUCUCCGCCCUCAUGAGAGGCUCGAGAAGUAUAGUACCACCUGGCAGGCUUUUUUCCAGUAUGUUGAGACAGCAGUGGCACCACUACCACGAGUCAGUUUCUCGGGUGGUCAUCAACAAUCAGAGAGAAUUAGAAGGAUGCAGCGUAAGAGUGUAUUCACGGGACCAUCAUCCUUAGACCAGGAUUCCCUGGCUUACCAUCACGUUAGGCUUCUUAGACAUUGUCGCUUCCCGGAUAGGGAUAUGAUAGAGAGAGACUGUGGGAAGAUGCGGAAGCUUGGGGAACUUCUUACUACUCUCCGCGAUGGUGGCCACAAGUGUAUUGUCUUCACACAGAUGUCUAAGAUGCUUGACAUAAUCGAAGCCUCUAUGAAUCUUCAUGGCUUCACCUAUGUUAGAUUAGAUGGCAGCACUCCAGUUUUGCGGAGGCAACUAGUCGUAGAAGCAUUCAACAAAUCCCCCAAAAUCUUUGCCUUCAUAGCCUCGACUCGAGCAGGAGGUGUUGGUAUUAAUCUCACAGGUGCCGAUUGCGUGAUAUUCUAUGAUUCCGAUUGGAAUCCUGCUAUGGACCGCCAGGCCAUGGAUCGAUGCCAUCGUAUUGGUCAGACGCGUGAUGUACACAUCUUCAGGUUGUUGUCUCAUCAUACAAUAGAAGAGAACAUCUUCCAUAAGCAACUACAGAAGCGGAUGUUGGAUGAUGUUGUUGUGGAUGAGGGAGCCUUCACAACACAGACCAUUAUCAAAUGGACAGGUGUGGAUGUUGCUGACAUGCUCGAGGGAGUAGCUGAUGACUCUACUUCUACGGCUGAUCUACUCAAAAUGACGUCCAAUGAUAUCCAAGAGGCAAUGGAAGGAGCCGAGGAUGAAGAUGAUGUGAAGGCCCGUGAGAAAUUACUGCAAGAGCAACGUCAAGAAGGUAUCGAUCUCCAGCGGGAUUUUGAGGGCUCCACGAAGGAGCUUGCGUCGUCUGAAUCGCCACCAGCAGUCUCACCGGAUGCAAGCA